CAGACUGUUAUGGGGUGGAUCUGCUCCUCCUGCCGGCCCUCCCCCCCCUUGGGAGGGAAGGUGCCUGGAGCCUCCACUCUGUGCUGGCCACUCUGACGUGGCACCACCACGGUGGACUCAGGAGGCAUGGCUUUCUUCCUCGGGCUCUUGGUUUUCUCCGCUGUGUUCCUUCCUUCAGAGGCUGAAAGCCGCCCCGGCUACUGCCUGGAGUUGCCCUGGGGUCACUCGACGCCUUCCGGCAGGAGGAGCUGCGAGGCAUGCAGGGCGGAUGCCGACUGUCCCCCAAAGAAGAAGUGCUGCAGCUCACUCUGUGGCGACACUUGCCAGACACCAGAAUCAAAUCUCUGCAAGUUGCCUCCGGCCGUUGGGCCCUGCAAGGCCAGGAUGCCCAAGUUCUACUACAACUGGGCCAGCAAACGUUGUGAGCAGUUCAUUUACGGAGGAUGCCGCGGGAACCUGAACAGGUUCGACCGUCGGGAGCAGUGUCAGCGGGCUUGUGGGGGCCCCAGGGAUGCCUUAGCGUGAAGGAGGAGGAUGGUAAAGACGCAGCGGCUGUCAGAGAGCAGAACCUGUCUCGCUUGGGAGCCCUCCGGCUGUGGGCCUUUCUCCCCACUUCUUUGGUUUCUCCACAUCCCCCACCCACCCACCCACCCUGAGAAUUGAUGCAUGGUCUCCAGCUGCAGGGCUUCUCCAGCUCAAGAAAAUAAAAGGUCACGGAAGCAUGCCCCAUA